AUUUUUUUCGUCGGUGGAUUCAACACCUUAACCAUUAAGAUUAGAUUACGCAAUAAAUUCACCUUUUCUCUCUCUCUCUCUCUCUCAUCAAAAACCAAAAACCCCUUUCAUCUCAUUCAAUUAACAAAUUCACGUCACAAACUUUAUCUCUCUAAAAAUCUCUCUAAAAAUCUCUCAACCAAAACCACUUUCUCUCUCUAAACCGUUACAACAAUGGCAUCCACCGCACCACCUGUCCUUCCCGUCGCCAACAUCCCUCCUCCACCACCUUCAUCAACCGCCACCGCUACCGGAUCUGAUGCUCCCGCAAACUCCCCUGCCGUUCGUGUCCUCAUCAACAACCUCUCCGAGUCUCUCCGUAACGGCCUCGCUCAGCGUCGUCCAUGGACAGAGCUUGUCGAUCGCUCCGCUUUCUCAAAGCCGGAAUCAUUCUCCGAAGCCACGAUCCGUGUCCGCAAGAAUUACUCCUACUUCCGUGUCAAUUACUACGCCAUCGUCGCCGGAAUCCUUGCGGUGUCGCUUCUCACGAAUCCGUUUUCUCUGAUUCUUCUCGUCGGUCUUCUCGCUUCGUGGACAUUCCUCUACCUUUUCCGUCCUUCCGAUCGUCCUCUUGUUAUCUUCGGUCGCACAUUCACCGAUUUUGAAACCCUAGGUAUUCUCUCAGGACUCACUCUCUUCGUUGUUUUCCUCACCAGCGUUGGUUCGGUGCUUGUCUCCGCUUUGAUGCUCGGUGUCGCUGCUGUUUGUAUCCACGGUGCAUUCCGUGCUCCUGAGGAUCUCUUCCUUGAUGAACAAGAAAAUUCUCAGGUUACGGGUUUCCUCUCCUUCCUCCGUGCUCCUGCUGCUGCAGCCGCUGUUCCUUCUGUCACCGGACGCGUUUAGAUCUGUUAAUGGUAACGGUUUCUUUCUUCUGAUCCGUUGAAUUUUGGUCCGAGAUGUGAAACCAGUGCUGAAAUAUUUUUUGUUUCUUUUAAAUUUCUUGAUCUGUAUUAGUCAAUUGGAUUAUAUACAUAUAGGUGAACAUGAAUCUUGAUAUUCUAUGUAUCAUGAAUCUUUGUUAUUUUGAUUUUGUAUUAUACAGGAUUUGGUUAUGUUGUUGAUGGA